CACAGAGAGACAGUCACACAGUGAGUGCCAGCUAGAGAGACACAGAGAGACAGUGAGUGCCAGCUAGAGAGACACACAGAGCUGGAUAGAGACAGUCACAGAGAGAGAGAGUGAUACAUAGUUACAGAGCAGGAAGCAGUGUGGGUUGGAGGGGGCAGGGAGGAGGCUGGCUGUCUGGCUCCUUGUCACUGCCUGCGUCACUAGCCCAGGAGUUUUCCACUAACGAAAAGGCUGAGCUCCUGAUGAGAAGGAGUCAGAGCAGGAGGAGCCCUGCCUGGAGCAGCAUUCUCUGCAGCCUUGUCUAGACUAUGCGAGGGGAGCUGACCCAGGAGCUUGCACUCAGCUUAUGAUCUGCCAGAGGAACCAGGGGAAGGUAGGUACCGACCUGCUGCACACUGACUUGCUGAAAGCACUCCAUGGCAAGAGUGAGGGGAGGGAGGGGGGUAUUGGGGCAUUUAAAGGGGUCUGCACUGUCCCUUUAAGGACUUAGAGGGCAUGUUUAGAAUUUGUGCUGGGGGGUGCAGGGGGCUCUCUCCCGGUGGGCUGGUUAAUACUGUGAUGUUUUGUGACUCGGUGGAUGGCUGAGAGUGCUGGGAUAGCAGGCUGGCUGCUCUGGAAGGGCUGGAGCUGGGAUUCAUACUGUGUGCGGGGCUGCCGGUCUCUGCUAAGCGAAGCCAGCCAGCGCUGAGACUGAGCGCCGAUCGCCCUCUAGCGGUGGAAGGCGGUACUGCAGACAGCUAUUGCCUUUUCGUGUAACUCGAGUUUCUGUAUCAGGAAAGGAAUUUAAUGCACUUUGUGUUUGUUUUCACAAUAUCUCUGGAGCCGAUUGUUUGAUGGCAAUGUGUAUAUAUUUUAUAUAACUGUCUAUUUUUAUCGAUUCGUUGCCAUUAUCGUGGCUUGCCUAAUGAGUGGAAUAUUAAAAUUUUAUUUUUGAAAAAAAAUGUAUUUUUUUUUUUUUUUUAUAACUGUUUUACAUAACAUUCUAGUGGUUAGUUUUUAUUUGUUGUCAGUUAAGUAUUUUUAUAUUUUGGUUUUCUUCAUUUCUCUUGUAUUUUAAUUGGCGGUGUCUGAACUAUAAAUACCAACAUGUAACUUUAUACUGUGAGUGGAUUACACCACCUAUUGCCCUCAGCCAAAGGCAGUAGUGUUGGGAGUUGCAGUCUGUGCCCAGGGCUGUGUGUAUCGCUGUAUAGUGUGAUGAUCUUUCAGAUAUCAGUGGGAUUUUGGGGUCCCCUGGUGUAAUUAAAUUUGGGAGGGGGGAGGGGGGGGUCCUGUAAUCUCCCCCCCUCCCCCAGACCCAGCUAUUGUGACCAUCGCAGGUCAGAAGGGGAAUUUGAUGUUUGUUGAAACUUUGUAUCACAAAGCAAAAGUUUUUAGAGGGAAUAUUUUGGCGGUCUGUCCAUCACAGAGGGGGAGGUAGAAGAAGGAGGACCUCUGACGUAGGCAGACAAUAUUACAUCACUGGGUCUCUUUAAUUCCUGUAACCUGGUGACAUCAUCAUUCUGAUUCACAUUGGUUUCCUGCCAGUGAUGUCAUCAUUGCACUGAAUUCAGACAUUUACUGUUCCUGUGUUCAUACUGCCAUUGUAUACUCUGUAUUUUAUAUUGCUAUGUUAUAUCCAUGCUGUGGUGUUAAUUUUUUUUUUUUUUUUUUAUCCAAUUAAUUUAUUGAAUUGUAUUCUAUAUUUUUGCCAUUCUGUCUUCUGGAAUGAUAUGAAAUUGAUGAAGCCCUUCCAGCCCCCCAUAGCUGUUAGGUGAGAUGCUAAUAGUGUCCUUUAUUCAAGCUGGGAAUCUCUGUAGAGCUGAAUGCACAGAGCUCCCCUGGGGUAUUAACCCAUUCAGGACACAGGCUGGUCUCUCUCAUAAAACCAUUAACCCAUCUGGUGCCUGACACUUCCAGUAUGGUACUCCUAUCCACCUCUAGACCAGUCAGUACAUUAGAUAUUAUUCUGUGCUACAAGCUUAUUACUGUAUGUGAGUGACAAACAAGUGUGCUGACAAUUGUGUUGUUUUGAUUUAAUUAUUGUUUUUUGUACAUAACCUUUUUGUUAAAUGCAAUUGUGGUGUCUUGUGUAACCUGUGGACUUAUGUCAUUAGGCUAAUUGAAUACAAUGAGUGUGACCUUUUUAUGCCCAUGGCUAGUGUAGUUCCUGAUGUGAAUUAACACCUUCCCCCCCCCCUCCCCUGGCCUACAUUGUAUACUGUGGGAAUCCCUGUUAUCUCUCCAUAGACAAGACCCAUUGUAUGCAGAGUGCGAGGCCUGGGUGCCUAUCCUCUCAACCACACAGGUGCUAACUGGAGCUGGUAUUUACUAUCAGUGACAAUGCCAUGUAAUUAAUUAGUUCAUCAAUUCACUGCCACCUCCUAGUAUUGGGGAGAAAAUCCAAUCAAAGCUAAUGUUUAUUCACAUUAUAUUUUUAACGACGUUGUAAAAACCAAACCGCCUAUUCUGCCAUAUUACGUACGUUUUAGUUUGUGUGUGUGUGUGUGUAAUAUGAAAUUUAUAACAUUAAUAUUAUUGUUGUUACAUUGAUGUCCUGAUUAUUAUUGAACCCUGCGCCCCUACGAAGUGGAUGUCAAGCAGUAGUUAACUCUAAAGGGGACAUUUGGGGGAAAAUGAUUUUUUCCUUCUAAGUCACUGCCCUGACAUGUGGGAUUGCCACUCUCAUUACUGCAAUGCAAAUUUUAGUGAGGGCUUUUUCCCCCCUUUCUCCUUGCUGUGGAUUACUGCACUGUGUGCCACAGGUUCAUAAGAUCCUUUUUUGUUUUUCCCCUUUCAAACCUGUUCAGCAAGUAGUAGUGAGGUUCCAUCCAGCCUUACUUCUCUUGGCCUGAUAAAAUUUAUUUCCUGCAAACUAGUAUAACCAGUUUAUUUUCCCUCCUUCCUAAACAUCACCGACGUAUUGAGCAAAAUUAAUUGCAAUCCAUCUUUAUCUUUCCUGAAUCUGAUUGUCAUUAAUCAAAUUAUAUAAGCCGUGCAAACAGUUAUUUAAUAUGUCAUGUCCCCUUUAAGUAAUCUUUGCCCGUACAUUGGUUCCCCUUUGCGUCAUCAGCAUAGGAAGCACAGGGUAUCUGCACUUUCUUUUUUUUUUAUUCAGUUCUAUUUUUUUGAGCAUAUUCGAUUCCUUUUUGUGAAUAUUGUGAUUAUCUAAUAAUGCUUUAGCGAUGGGUUCGUGGCUCCUGUCUUGCAAAGGGAUCCUAUUUUACCCAUUGGAAUACAUUAACCACCUGAGAAUUUGUAGCUCUGCUCAUAUGUUACAUAUGAGCCUCUUCCUUUCUGUAAAAAUUUUUUUUUUUUUUCGAGAUACCAUCUAUGACAAUUGUAGUUUUUUAUUAUUCUAAUAUUUGUAUCUACUGAAACUCUAAUUCUUAAACCUUUGACCACGUUUGCUGUUAACACACUGCCACAGGCUAAAAAACUCCACGUGUACACACUACAUUGCCCAACAUGCUGAGCCAACCUGCCUAAUGUCUUUUAGACUUUGUGGGCAAUUUAGUUUGGAAAUUGGCAGUGCCAAGGUCAGAAUGUCUCUCGAGAGGCUAGACACAGUGUUUUUGUUUUGUACGUCUUAAAAUUAAAAAAAGUGACUAUAAUAUGCUCAGAUUGGAGAUGCUGUGGUCAUAGUUGUCGUGAAUGCAGGUUUUUAGAGGGAAAACAAAAUAAACAUUUUUGCAAUUCCUUGUAGAGGGGCGCAUUCUUCUUUUGGGCCUUGUGUCCGGAUCCUGCUGAAUAUGUUUACCGUUGCCAUUCAGAGUGUGGCCCGUUCGACAAUCAUUCCUGACAUUCUUCUAUAUAUGGGAAAUACCAGAAGCGUUGGCGAGAACGUAAGCCCAGGAAUAUGUUCUCCGCCCUGGAGCUGAGUUACGCACACACCCAUUAUUGGAAAAAACAGGGCUCAUCUCUAAGACUGAGCGUCGACAACACUCGUCGUGAUUUAACUGCAUUUCAGGAGGGUUUUAGGGGAGCAGGAUGGAAAGUUGCAGCAUUGGUCUGACUGCAACACACAGUACUCUCAGCCUGCCAGAGUGAGACUGAGAACAGCCUUCAGUAGCCAGCAAUAAACGCUACAUUGAGAAAGCAUCACACUUUUUUAGUUGGCCAAAACUUGCAACCCCCCUGCCAAACUUGUACAAGUUUAGUGAAUGACCCUAUGCUUCUACCCUGGUUGCAAUAAAUAUAUGGAUCAGAAACAAAUAAUCAAUAAACGCUUUAUGUAAACGAAGUACUCAUUAGCAUGUGAUUGCUGUGAUAGUGGUGUGCGUAUUUCCUGUGCCGUAUAUGGCAGAGAUUUUUUUUUCCUAGUUAAUUUUCCAGGACUCUUCCCCUUUAACACCAUCUAUAUUGUGGGAGCCAUCCUGCCAGACUGGAAUUCCUGCGGGCUUGUUCCUUUCACUCUCGUACUUGCUCAAAAAGCUGUUUUUAGUAAAAUAGAGUAAGGUGCCAGAGCCAAGAACAGAAUGUCUUUUUUGGCAGUUGCAAGCGAAACAGAUUAUUUUAUUCCAGGUUAUUAAAAAAAAAAAAAAAAAAUACUGUUAAAUAGCCCUUGUGUUUAGCAGAAAGUUGGGCUUAAGACACACUAAAAAAAUAUACAGAAUGUGAGUUUUUGCUAUUUUGAUUAGUGUGUUUUUGGUCUAUUUCCCCCUCCCCCACUUGCCAUUGCUCUGUCUCGCAAUUUUCAGUAAUUCUGUAUCCAAUAUAUAUAAACCGUAGCUUAUUCUGUACAUUCCAUCUGAUCUGUAAGGUACUUACUGGCCAUCUGAUUGUGGUUCUGGUGGUAGCUCUGUGUAUAAUAAACAUUGUGUUAUAUGGUCUGCUGCUGGACUGCUUGGUAGGAUAAAUAAUUCUAUCCAUAAAUCGAUAGCGUGAUCCAUGCUGGGAUUGUAUGGUAACGGUUACGGAGUUUAAUAGUAGCGGCCUUCUGAAUCCCAUAUGCAGGAAUUUGGGUGAACUCUGCAAAAAUGUGUUUAACGUGGUAACUAGGCAUAGUCUUUGAAGUUUUGGAGUCUAGUUUGACUGUUGGCUAUUUUUUUGUUUCACCCACCCUCCCCCACCCAUUAUUUUUAAUUUUAAAUAAUUGUAUCUUUAAAUAAAGUGUUCCACAUUGGAUCUACCUCUUGGGGCAUGUAGCAGGUUCAGAAGCUGUUAUGAAGAGGCGUGUUCGUCUUCUGUUUCUAUACGAGGUGUUUUUCUUUUCUUUUUGUGUUCUCACCGAUGUCCUUAAAUGACCCCUUCCCUACACGCUCCUGUCUCCUCGCCAUGGGAUUUCUUUUUUGUGUGUGCUGGGUUCCCUGUGAUCUUGUAGUGGCUUUGUAAAUCUGCUUAUUUAAUAGUGUUCCUUGUUGGUAGCUCUAGAUUUACUCCAUAAAACAUCUGGCAACAAUCACUAUACAUAAUUCAGUGGGAACAGGGCAGCGCUGCAGACGAAAAGCUGUACUCGUCUUAUUCUGUGAUGGAGGAAUUCGUAAGGUCAGAGGCACUGACCUGAUGUGUAUGGGGAAGUGUAUACUCUAUAUUGUGGUGUGUGUUUGUUUUUUGUUUUUUUUCUACUAUAUAUUUUUUCUUAAAUUUUUCUUGAGUAAAAAUGUUUUAGGUUUAAAAAAAAAAACAACAACUUUGCACACUGUUUGUUUGUAGAGCAUAAACCCCAAUCACUGUUCGAUGUUAAGAUCUGGUCUUCACGGCAGAUUCUCAGAUGGGUCACAACCCGAGCACUUUCUCAGUGUGUGAAAGUUGUCACAUGAGAAGUAAUGCAUUGACACCGAACGAUGAUGACUUUAUGAGACGUUUACAUUGUAAGAAGUUUAAACUGCCAAGAUAUGUUGCAUUCUUGCUAUAAAGCUGAUAAAGUGCGUGAUUUGCCAAGUUUUGCACGAAGUUUGUUGUAUUUUUCCUCUUCCUUCUGUAUUGUGAGAUGUUUAUAGUAAACUCCUUGUACGUAGCUUUGUGUGGAGUUUUGUUUACGUAUUCUUCUCAAACCUUUUUCUUUCAAUCCUUAUUUGACACUCUGACAUUCUAUAGCGAGCAGUUGAUACAAAGUAUUUUAAGGUCCAGCUGGUAUUGUCCAGUUUGUCUCAUUUUCGAAAAAUACUGAACUCGAUCUUUAAACUGAGUUCUGAACUCUUGAACCUUGGCCUAUGUCAACACAGGAGCUUUGGGUAGAGUGCCUGGUGCGGUUUAACACAUUUUAGCUACUUGUGCUAUUUGAGAUGGCCAUUUACGACUCCGGCAGGUGGGACUCAGACUAUUUUCCUGCAGACCCCUCUUGGUGAACAGGUUGAAAAAUUUCGCCUCCUGUUUGCGUUUAGGUGUCCCAAGAUUGACCAGCAGGAGGUUGGUGAAAUGUCUCAUAUAUAAGACCCCACCAAAGCUUUCUGUAUAUAUCAUUCACUUUAUGUGAAAUAUCUCCCACUGCCGAUGUAAAGUGUGACAUGGUCCUCACUAUGAUAUUUAAUAGCGAAAUAUCUACUAUAAUAAUUAAAUUAACUAUAUUUUGCAUUGAGGUGCCAAACACUGUGGUUCACCUCUGUCGCACUUUGAGGUCGUGUGGCUGGGAAAGGUUUUGUGCUUGGUCAACGAAGGCCACUUUUUAAGGGGUUAAUAAGAGAGAGACACAGAGUGCCGUUGACAAGCUCCUGCCAAAGGAUUUUCUGAGCCAGCGGAUAUGCACUUUACAUUAAACAAGACAUUAGGGGCACAGAGAACAGCUCACAUAACCAGGUUGUAAAUAAUUAACCAACUUAUUGCUUUUCCUCCCCGCUAAUACAGCCCUAAUUCUGUUUUAGUCGCCGGCCCAGUGCAUUUUCGUAGGUUAAAUGUUUCCGUUUGCUGAGGCCUGUGUUAUUUGCUACUCCAUAUUAAAUGUGAAGUAGAUCUGUAACCGGGGUUUUGUCCUUGUUUUUAUUUAUUUAUUUUCCUCUAUUCUUCAUGCUGUUAAUAUAGUGUUUAUUUUUAACCCUCGCAAUGCAUUGUUUGUCGGCUCAGUGUUUGCACAGAAAGGGUUAAGCCACUGCUUUUAUUGAUGUUUUUUUGCAAGUUCUUAGCUCAGGGAAUCCAUCCAACUCAAUUUGGAGACACGAAGUACUUUAAUUUCUCCUGUGACUCUUGCAGGCGUUAAGCGUUUGUUGACCUGUGAUCGUCAUGGCGUAUCAGGUUUGUGAUCUACUUGCUAUACUGUAAAAGGAAGAGGGGGGGGGGUGAUCUUCCUUAUUGGCAACCUGGGGAUGGAGGUUGGGGGGGGAGAGAGCUGGUGCUAUUAGUAGGAUAUCAGUCUCUAAAUCGUCAUUUAUUCUGGAUGUCCUCCUAUUGGGGGGGUGUUUUAUUUUGUGUGUAUAUAUAUAUAUAUAGUUUUUUUUUUUCUUAUUUCAAAUUUAUUUAUUUAUUUCAUCCCAUUUCUAAUUUUUAUCUAUGUGAAUCAUGUCACAAAAGGUCAAUUUGUGUGUGGUUGUGUAUAUUUUGUUUUUACUUUUUAAAGAAUGACUUUAUUCACUGCCUUUAUAGUAACCAAAAACUUCAUGUCCCCCUCACCCCGUUUGUGAACUAUGAAUGACAUAUUCUGCACUAACCCAGGAAGUUUCUUCACUUCCAGCACGAACCUAUUAGCCGUCACUAUUUCUAGGCAGUCGUGUGUCGAUUAACACAUACACACGCAGACAACUGAGUCACCCUGAGUCAUCUUUCCAAAUAAUUCUCAUUUUGCCGUGAUGCUGUGUUGACCUCCUACAUUGCAGCUAAUAUUAAACUGAUACCUCACAAGCGUGUGAUACAUUUUAUUGUCUUCAAUAGGCUUCUAACAUCAAGGACAAAGCAGGCAUUUGUGUCUUUUUAUAGAGCAGCGUGUAUGCAGGGUACAUCACUGCGCUGGCUGCAUUGAAUUUAUUUGAAUGGCAGACGGAUCUGAGUGCCGGGUUUUCUAUAGUCGUGCUUUCUUUUUUUUGUUUUGUGUCGUGUACAGAAGAUAUUUUUAGCUGCCUACAAGCACCCAUUUCGAGCUGCCGUGGCGUUAACAGGUUAGGCUUUUAAUUGCGGAUAUAAAUGUAAACGUUAGUCAGCAGUGAUGGCCAAUCAAGGGCACAAGAUGUCUUUUGUCUGAAAUCAAUUGCUGCGUCUCGGGGAUGAUGGAAUCAAGAUAGGCUGUAAUUUGUUGCAAUUUCUUCAGCAUUUUGUUUAAUAAGUUCCCCGGCCUUUCUGGAGGAAUCACGGCAUGUAAAUUUAUGCAAGGAGUAUUCUCUGGGGAUGUGGGUGAAAAUACAACACCCCUUCGGCCUUUCUAGCAAAGGGAUCUUCUAGCUAACAGAUCACUCUGGAGCCAUGUAUUUGUUUUCUUCUAUAAAUGUUGCUGUGAUUGGUGGUUUUGUGGUUUGUUUUAGCUUUUGUUUUGUUUUUUCAUGUCUCUGCUGCCCUGUGUAUAAUGUGGGUAAAUUCUGAGUUAACUUUCAAUAAGAAACUGGCCUAUGGUCAAAACUUGUCUUUCUAAAAUACAUAAGAAAAAGAUUGUAUUUCAUGUUAAAUUUUUUUGUUUUGUUUUUAGGUCUGUGACACCUCCGUGCUAACCAUGAGUGGAAUACUAAAGCGGAAGUUUGACGAACUAGAAGAUGACUCCACCUAUUCUUCUUCCUCUUCAUCACCGUCCUCAUCCAACACUUCAUCGGGAGGGGAGUCUGAUGAUGAGUAUGCCCCCAGCCCCAGGCCUUUGAUCAAAGAUUUCAUCCGUAAGUGGCAUAAUCAGUGGGUUUUGUUUAUAGAUUAUUCUAACCAUAAUUUCUUACAAUGGCUGACUUUAUUCUCUAUAUCUGUCUGAUUGGGGGCAUCGUUUUGUUUUCACUUCUGCGUGGCUAUGUGCACUUAGCCUUGAUAGGGUUAAUGUCAAGCUAUGUUAAGGAAUCCUCAACCAUAAACUAAGCUCACCUUCUCUGGGCUCUCUGAAUCAUUCGGCUCAUGUCCCAGCUGCUGUGCUGUGAAUGCUGGGUGUUCUUUAAAUAAUCUGCAUAGUUUCCAUAGUUGCCUGGGUAAAGUUGUCAGCUUUUCAACACCUGUGUAAACAGUUGGGGUGGGAGAAUACUUUCCCUUCUGGCUUCAUUCAUUCAUCCUGUCCUAUAUUAGGUACCUCCUUUUACUGUGUUUUGGGUUUUUAUUUGUCACCCCCCAGUGCCUUUCCAAGCUUAAAAUUGGCAUUUUGUGAACAUGCUUGUAUGCAGAGGGAGUUGGUUCUCGUUUAUGUUCUAGUUUAGAAUGUAAAAUGUGUCCAGCAUCUGUUUUAUACACGCAGUUCCAUAAAUCUUUCUUGCUCCAUAUUCCAUUUCUAGGAUAUACUUUGUAGCCUGUGAAAUAUAUGCAGUAACCCACCUCUUCAACACGUCUAAUGUUAAACCUGUUUGCUUUUUCAGCUACGUCCAUCUUGAAAAAAGCAAAACUCCUUAAGAAGAACAAAGUGGAAUUUGACCAAGUGACCGUGUUUUAUUUCCAACGAUGCCAAGGCUUUACCAGCAUUCCCAGCCGAGGUGGUUGCACUCUUGGCAUGAAGCGCAAGCAUUGCUCCGUAAGGCAUUACACACUGGAAGAAUUCUCUAAGGAACAGCUAAGCCGACGGAGGGAGAGAAUGAAGGAACGGUUAAAAGAAGAGAAGCUGCUGACUUUAAAGAACCUGGUACGUGUAAGGUGGCAUGUUGUACUGUAUGAAAUAGUAACCGAAAAAUCUAAAACCAGGUUAUACUAGCAUAAACACAUAUGGCAUGUCAACAAAGUAGUCAGAUGCCAUCUUUUUCUAUUACUUAUUUAAAAAAAAUAUAUAACUAUAUGUUCCUUGCUUGCAUGGUUUUCCAAUAUGUAUUUAUUUUAUCCUCUCCUCUCAGUUCACAAUGAAUGGAACUAUAGAGUCCGAAAAGGCCAAUAACCUCUCCAUUGAUGACAUCUGUGACGAAGACAUCGAUAUGAACAAUGCAGAGAUUGAUGAUGGCUUUUCUCCACGCAUGUAUCCUCCCAAGAAACGCAGAGUUUUGCUUAAAAGUGAAGGUGUGAAGAAGAUUGACAAAUCUGAAAAACACGAGCUAAAUGAAAUCAGGAAAUCGAGAAAGGACUGCGGGUGUGAUUGUCAAGACUUCUGUGAUCCAGAGACCUGUGCUUGUUACUUGGCAGGAAUCAAGUGUCAGGUAGGUUCAGAAACAUAUACAGUUGGACUUUUGACUCUAUAAAUAAUUGUUUGUUUUUCAUUUUCUAGUAAGAUUAAACUGUUGAAUUAAUGCAGAUGAUGUUGUAAGGAAUACAUUUUUGCUAAUUUUUUUUCGUUCUUCUCUUCAGAGAGAUCAUUCAACCUUUCCGUGUGGUUGUACAAAGGAUGGUUGCGACAACCCGAAUGGAAGAGUAGAAUUCAAUUCAUCCCGGGUCCAAACCCACUUUUUACACACUGUUAUGAAACUCGAGUUGGAGGAAAAGAGUCAGAGCAAUGACAGUGAUAGCAAUGAAGAGCCUGAAGACUCCGACAGUGAGAUACUUAAUCUGUUUGGUGGUCCAACUGUAGCAACUAAUGUAACUGAAGAAAGAACUGCUCCUCUGACCACAUCCUAUCAGUUCAGCAUGGACUUGGAAGCUUCUGGUGAGAAUAGUUGCAGUAGUGACGUAACUGAUAUCUCCACAUCAUCCAACCAGAGUGAAGACUCCGAAGAGCCUUAUGAAACUACUCCUUCUGACAAAUCCCAGUCCGAUGUUGACGAUGACUAUUUGGCAAGGAUUCUCCAUUUCAAUGACUCGGAGUAUGAGGAGAACAGCACUGACUGCCAAGAUAAUUUAAGCUUUUUUCAUCCGGCAGAUUUCUUUUGUGAUAAUGUUUACGAGUCUCUUUCUAAUACAGGAAAACCUACUAGUGGGAUCUACCCAAAUUCAUUGUCGGACAUUUCCAAAUGCAUAGAUGAAAAUGCAAAUCAAGGAGCAGGUUGCUUUUCUGAUGACCGGACAUCUUUGGCAACAUCUAAUGAAUCGACUGAUUCUGGAAACAAUGUGGAACCCCAUUUUAAAAACUAUAUGGAUAUCAGCCUUUCCUCAGACUGUUUUGAGUUGGUUUAUCCUGACUACAACUUGGGACCUCUUUAUAACUCGUUAAAGGAGUAUGAUAAUUUAACAUAUCAGCCAGUUAAUAUUCCAGGAUUUUCCCAAACUGCAGACCCUCAUGCAAGCUUUCUGGAAUCAUUAAUUGGUUCAUCUGAAUCCAUUCCAGAUACCUCUGUCCCUUUUACUGAUAAUCAACUUCUCCUUGAAGAUGCUUUCAAAUCCUCUUUUAUGGAAUCGCUCAUAGCCUAGAAUGUGAUAACCGACUGAUGAACUGUGCUUUUGUUACAGUUCUGAAAUGGAUUGAAUGUUUCUAUCUUAUUUUUACAUGGAUUAAAAAAAAUAUAUAUAUAUAUUUUCUGUUUACUGCCAGAACCUACCAGUUUACCAUACAUCAAUUUGAACAAAUUUUUUUUUUUUCUUUUCUAAAACAAAAGACCUGUAUAUAGUUUGUGAAUACAUUCUUAAUCUUUGUAAAGCUCUAAACCAUUUCUAAUGUCUGGCCAUAUAAAUAAGACUUUACAAUGCUUUUAAAAACAAAAGAUAAGUGUAUUGUAAAAAAAAAAAAAAAUCCCUUUUCAUAUGUAGAGAGCACUACUUGUGUUUACAAAGAGUAAAAAAAAAAAAAUAUAUACUUUAUACAGAACUAUUUAUUGCAUAUUCCAGGAAUGCGUCAGAAGCUUGAAUUAGCAUUGGAUUUUAUUUAAAUUGGAAAUACCUCAGAUUUAUUAUGAGUACAAUCAUAUUUUUCAUAAUAGAUCUGCAUUAUUUAUAGAACUACAUCCCUGUGUUUUCUGUGCUUUAAGAGAAAUAUUGUGGGGGUGAGAUUUCUCUGCAAGUCACAUUCUGAACGUGCAAUAUUACAGCUGUGACUUAAACAUACAGAAAAUCUGUCAAUUUUUCCAGGUGACUUCUUUUUAUUGCUAUAUUUGCUCCAUUAGUAAGCCAUACCUUUUAAAACAUAAUAUAAAUUCAACUCUAUUUAAUUUUAUGAUUUAAAUUAUUUACUUUAUUUAUUUUAUUUUUUUAUUUUUGGUGUUGGGGGUGUCAUUGCCAUAACAUGUUUAGAUGUCAAGCAGUUGAAGGGGUACCCAAUUCAAAGGGUCCAUCAGGAUACAGUUGUGAGAACAUUUUAAAAAUUCUUGAAUUUAAAGAGCCAGAAAAGCUGUUUAUAAGCAGUUUUUUUUGUUUUGUUUUUUUAAUAUCUAUUCAAAACAAGUGUUCCUUAUCACAAAAUAAAAGUAGUUUCAUUUUAUGAUCAAUUAACAUAUAUUAUGCAGGUUAUUUAUAUUUGUGGUUUUAUAAUAAAGUACUGUCACAAAUUAAUAAAUUUGAUUAUUUAUUGUCUUCAUAGCCAUUUAUAAUAGCCUUGAGCAUUUUUUUUAAAUUUUUUUUCUAAAAUUAACUUAUAUUUAAAAUAUCAAAGCUUUAAAAUCUAAUACAGAUAUUUAAGUAAUAAUGUUAAUAGAAUGGACUUUUUUUUUAUUGACAACUUUCCAAAAUCAGAGUCCAAACUUUGUAAAUUUUGACUUAUUAUAUUCUAUUUAUUUUUAAUGAGGCCAAGAGACCAAUAGCCAUUGCAUUGACAUUAUUGCUGCUCUAACAAAAAGUUAAUUUUAGUAAUGUGAAAAUCUCAUAACAGCUUUUCUAGAACCAGCCUACUAUCGUGCCCGUCCAGUAUCCUGAAAAAAAGGGUUUCUGUAAAAUAUUAAAGAAAUUGACUUAUGUUUUGUUGUUAAAGAUUGACUUAUGUGGCAACUGAUUUGUGAAAGGGAUUUUAGGAAGAAAUAUGAUGCCUGAUCUGGUUAGAGUUCAACUAAUUCUUAAGGUUGAGCUAAUCGAUGAUGUGUGUCUUGCUGUGUACCGUGGGUGCCCGAAUAUGGCGCAAAUGCUGUUCUUGUACUGCACCGCCAUUGUUCUCUGCCUGCAGGUGGCGCUGUUAUUGUGAAUUGUCUUAACUCAGGGUAACCCUUUUGUAACUUAUUGUAUCAUACAAAACUUGGGUGGACAAUUUUUUUUUUUUUCCUUCAAUUUUCAAUCUGCAAAAACUAAUGUUCUUUCCUGGUGGAUGGUUUAUAAUGGGGGGUGCAGUCCAAAGAAAAUACCGUGACUGCCCCGUGGUGGUCUGCUAGUUUAUGUUGUGUUCACUUUGUACAUAUUUAUCAUCCGUCAUUUUCAAGUUUCCUCAUGCAAAUAUAGUCAGGAACGCACUGCACCUACCUGUAGCCAUGCUAUGGCCCAUGCUGUGUGCCAAAGGUUUAAAAUGCAGAGCUGUUCAUUUUGGUACAUUGCACUUUGUUAAAAUAAUUGUACACAGAAGUGCCUUCACCAGCAUUAGAAUGUAUGUUGGCGUAGAUUCUCCACUUACCCCACAAGUGUAAAAUGGUAAUUUUAUUUAGCAGAGCAAUAUACAAAUAUUUUUAUUUAAUUUAAAUUUUUUUUGAAUUUAAAAAAAAAUAAAAUAUUUUUGGGGAAGAAAAUCUGUCAACCUUUCCCAUUAUUUAAAAAAAAUCUAAAUCCUUUUUGGCUUUUCUCAGUAGUUUGGCUUUAUAGACUGUCAGAACUGUGUGAGCCUUUACAGUUUAAUAAUGAUGCCAUUUUGUAUAAUAUUUUUGAAUUUGAAUACAUACGCCUUCUUUUGCUAACAAAUAUUUAAAAAAACAAAAACAGGCUUUUCUCUCAUGAAGAAUUAGUGGGCAUAUUUUGGAUAAUUUAGCGAUAUAGUAAAUUUCUGGAGUUCUAUUGAGUCUGUAAAUUAAUACAAUUGAUUGAUUUGAAAUAACUCAUCCCACAAAAACGUGUUUGACAUUGUAUAAAAUGUUGUCAGUUGCCACAAUUAAUUUUGGGGAAAAAAAUGGAGUAUAAAACUCUGUCUUGAAAGUGUUACAAGAUUGUUAUUUUUGUUGUAUUAUUGGUCACACAGUUCUGACAGGGUAAUACUUAUUCUAAAAACCUCUCAAGUAUUUUAAGAACGAUAACCUUUUGGAAUUUAAGAUGUUGGCAAUAAUUAUCUGGUACUCUAUAUGUAUUUAUUGGCACUAAUAUAACUUUAUUUGUUACAACAUUCCUUGGUUACGUUGCAAACUGUAUAUUUAAUAUAUGCGUUAACUCAAAUAUCCUGCCUUCAGAGUUCUGUGCAUUUAAUUUAUUUGUGCCAAAAACAAAGAUUGUAUUUAAAAAUAAAUAAAAUAAAAACAUUUUGAGGGGGAAUACAGGGAUUUAUUUUUCUUUGCUCCCCCUCAUGAAUGUGAGUGAGUGUGUGUGUGUGUGUGUAUAUAAAAUCUUGUUUAAUUAUACAUGGGUAUUUAUUGACACCGCUUAUAAUUGUACUUCCUUCACAAUAAUUUGACUUCAAAUGUUUUGUGUAAAUAUUUGUGGGGUUUUUUUCCCUUUUUUUUUUUUUUUGCUUUGAGUGCAAAUUGUUUUUGUACAUUUUAUAAAAGCAGAAAAAAUAUUGCAGCUCCAGUCUGUCAUUUCAUUAAAGCAAUAUGAAGAAAAUAUCCAUUACACU